AUGUCGAAUAUGUCAGAAUAUUCAUAGUUUCAAUCAGAAAUUUCUUAAUUUCAAUCCAAACUAACAAUUAGUGAUAAGGACAACUUUAAAUUCUGUUAUAACAACUACAAAACACUGAAAUAGCAGAUAAUCAAAGCACAAUAAUACUUUUCAAAAUUUAACUUUUUACUAGAAUUUUAUGAUCUUUUAGAACAGUUUUAAAGCGAUAAGCAAAUUGAAGAGUAUAUGAAACUUUAUUAUCCCCUUAUUCCAAUUCUUUUUAAUAAUUAGAUAUAUUCAGGAAUUUUGGAAGAAUCAUUAUUUUAAGAAGAAGAAAUUGAGAAAUUAAUAAGGUUUACAAAUAAUCUAAAAAGUUUAGAGGGGAUAGAGUAAAUUAAUUAAAUUUUUAAGAAUCCAAAUGAUUUGAAACUCAGAUCCUCUAUUUAAAGACAUUCCAUUUAUUCCAAUAAUGAAUAAUAAAUUUGUAGAAUACCAUAUUAAGUUUGCUAUGCUUACUUUUAUUCAUUUCAUCUUAAAUUUUAGCAAAAUGGACUUUAUACCUGUUAUUAGAAUUACAAUAAGCUAAAAAUAGCAUUAGGAAAAAUAAAGGAAUUAUUUAUGUAAGAAAGAAAACUUUAUAAGCUCAUGGAUAUAAAUAUAAAUAAUUUAAAAUCUCUAAAAAUACCUAAGUUGAAACUCAUAGAUUUAAAUAUGAAUAGUGAAUAGAUUAAGUAGAGUUUUAAGUAAAAAAUACAUUUCUUUUAAUUUGAUAAUAUAGAAAUAGAAUAUUUACAAAAAUUUUCAGUAUUUGCCAAUUGUAUUGCUAAUCAUAAUUUCGGGAAAAAAAAUUAUUUUGAACUCUCUAAAACUACUGUUUCACACAAUAAUCUACUUUAAAUCACCUCUCAAGGGGAUGACUAUGUGAUAUAAUUUGAAUUAAAGGACUUAGAGAAAAAUGAAAUUCUUUAUAAAUUUCAAUUGAAGAGUAGAGGUUUGAUUGACUUUCAAUUUUCAGAAAAUACCAAAUAUUUUUAUAUAUUGUAAUCUUUUGUUUUCACAUUAUAUGAAGUUGUGAAUACAUCUGAAAUUUUGAAUUUAGAGAUUAAUUUGGAUUAUUAGGAAGAAAGGUAUGUAAAUGCGAGAUUUUAUUAAAAUGAUACAAAAUUAAUUUUACUUUCUGAUUUGUACAUAAAGUUACUUAGUUUCAAUGGUUCGAAAUUUUAAUUAGGUAAAAUAUUCAAUAUUUACAAUAUAACUCUGAUUAAUGAGAUUUAAAUUAUUCAAUAGCAGAACUCAAAGGACAACAUUAUUGAAAUAAAAGGAAGGUUAAACACGAAAAACUCAAUUUAUUUGUAAAUCAAUGAAGAUUGUGGCUAAUUAAUAAAAUAUUUCAUAUUUUGA